AGAAGAAGUGGGGUCCAUUUAUGUUUUGGCUCCACAUUGACCAAACAAGGCACAUUUCUUGUUUCCGUUUUGCUAAUCUUAGUCUCUUAAAAACAAUGGCUCGCUAUAUGCGCCCACCUAACUCGUCUUUAUUCGUUAGAAACAUCUCCGAUGAGUCCAGAAAAUGUAAAAGCAUCCCCUUGUGGAAGCGGCCACACAAAGAGUAACAAAGACCGGGUGUAGCGUAGCUGUAAAGACAAGGCACAGACCAAAGGGAGGGAAAAUGUUGGGAGGAAGUAAAGCACGAAGAGGAAAAAGGUGUCGGAGGCAAAGCUCGGCAGUGGCCCAGAGCGGGCUAAAGAAAAGAGUCGUAAAGAGUCAAGCGGGAGACCCGACGCAAGUCGAAUCGAUUAAAGAGUGUAAAGAUCAAGACAAAGUCAAGCACAGGUAACGAGUGGCAAUAAUUUUGUAUCCUCUCAAGACACAGUUCCAACAAAUCAGCUUUGAAAGCAAUUUAAUUUCAACUCUCUUAAUCAGCUAUUUGUCUUUUGUGUUUUGAGACUCGCCUAUUGUGUGUCAUGUGUGCUCCAUGUGUCAGACCGCAUCAAUCAAUUCAACCUCACAAGCUCAAGCAUGACUAAACGGAGGCCAAUAUCUCCACAAAAUCUGUCAAUUUGUGGCUUCUCUGCAAAAAAAAAAAAAAGCCUUAACCGCUCAGCAUGUUUGAGGACGUGCGUGAUGCUGAGGACGCUCUCCAUAGCCUGGACAGGAAGUGGGUAUGCGGCCGCCAGAUCGAGAUCCAGUUUGCGCAGGGUGACCGAAAGACACCCAAUCAGAUGAAGACCAAGGAGCGGCACUCCCCGUCUCGCUCGUCCCGCUACGACGACUACGACCGCGACGGCCGGCGCAGACGCUCACGCAGCCGCAGCUACGACCGGCGCCGCUCGCGCAGCCCUUCCUACGAGCGCCGACGUAGGCGCUCGGAGAGCCCCCGAGAAUCUCGCGGGCGCCAGCACGGACGAGGAGGUAGCCGAGGUCGUGAAGAGGACAGGCACCGCCAGAAGCCCCGAAAAGAGUCGAGAGGACGGUCUCCUUCCAGAUCAGCAUCGCCGUCCGAGCCCGCCGCCAAACCGGCGGCCGCCUCCCACUACGCCGAGGAAGACGCGCGGCAGGAACGCUCCCCGUCGCGUUCGCCAUCCCGCUCGCAGUCCCGUUCGGUGUCCAGGUCUCGUUCACGCUCGCGUUCCUGGACGGGCCGCAAGUCGGGAGGACGCUAAGGAAAGGCCCGGAGACGCUUUGGUUUGGACUUGAUCGUGAUGGACGCGUUUGGAGAACAUUUUGCCGGUUGGUCCUUGAGUCUUGCGUUUUCCUCCACCUGGGAGAUGAUUUUGUGGCCAACGAUGUUUUUUUACAGACUCGCUUUUUCUUCCUACGCUUCCGUUUGGUUUUUUUCAAAAGAGCGUCCAGUAUUUUUCAAAUCCACUCCACCCUGUCAACUGUUUUAAAAAAGCAGCAAGUUUGUUGAUUUUAUUUUAUUUUUUCUCUUUUUCUGCUGAGUUUCUUUUCAGAAAUAAACGGCCACUUCAAGGAAACAACA